AUUUGUCUUUCCGUUGCAAGUGUGAUCCAUCGUCAGCAGAGGACGCCGCAGCUGCAAAAACAACAUCCGCAUCACUUGGCCAACAGCAGUGCUGCAUCAAUGGCGGCAAUAGCAAUCUACAGCAACAGUCCCCGAGCAGUUGUCCAGCAUCCACGUCCAGUCACCAUCACUGCCUUCAGUUCAAAGCCAUUCAGAGUUGUCACUGUCACGCUGCAGGCUGUGGCUCACACUCCAAGUCAAAUUGCCUCAACAACAACUGCACUCGAAUGGAGGAGGGGGAUCAGGAGGAGGAGGAGGAGGCAGACACCGAUGAAGAUGAUGGCGAGGAAGAGGAGUUGAGUUCGGAUAAUGAUGACGAAGAGGGAGAGGAGACAAAGUGCAAUUCGAAUGUUGAGGAGGAGGAAGAGGAAGAAUCAGGAGAGGAGGAAGGCGAUGAUAAUGAAGAGACGGAUGAAGAUGAAGACGAUGAGGAGGACGAUGAGGAGGAGGAGGAAGAGGAGGAUGAGGAGAACCUCAACUGCACGGCAAAUAGCUUUCCGAUGCGCACUAUUCAUCACCACCACCACCAUCACCACCCCCAGCGAGGCGGAUCAAUGAUGACCGACGAUGAGGAUGAGGAUGACGAGGAAGACACUUGUGCAGAAAAUCAGAAGGAAGAGGAGGAGGACGGCAUGGCAUCCUGUCUGCGUGAGAUGGAGUUCUUUGCCUGUAACGUCUGCGACCGAAC